GGGCAGUGCCGCCGUCGCCUCCCCUUUCGCUCACUCACUCUGCCGGCUUCCUCGCCGACGGCCAAAUCCUAAUCCUAAUAGGGAGCUCGCUCCAGCGCUCCGCCUCCGCCUCCGGCGACCGAGCCUCCGCCCUCCACCAUCUCAGUCCAGCAUAUACAGUCUCCACCCCCUCCCCCAGUUCUCCACAGCAAAGGGGCUCGCGUGGCGCGGCGACGGCGGCGGCGAAGUACGCACGUUGUCUGCUAGUGUUAUUACGUCUAAUUUGCACGACACAACGGAAGCCCCAUCUUCAUCUUCACCGGGAUUGAGUUACUCUCUCCUCGAGCUCGAGCUGAAUGAGCAGGACAUCCAUCCAUAUCAAAGGUUGGUGAGCAAAAGGCAGCAAGUUAUACAAUGGCGAUGGUGUUAGAUGCUUUUGCAUCCUACCUAGGGCACAUGCUCACGCAUGUAGCAGCAAAUAAGGCAGGGACGAUGCUGGGCGUCUCCGGUGAGAUCGACAAGAUGGGCAGCAAGCUUCUGGACCUCAAGAACUUCUUGGCUGAUGCCGAUCAGAGGAACAUCACCGACACAACCGUCCAAGAGUGGGUCGGGCAGCUAAAGCGUGCCAUGUAUGAAGCUACUGACAUCCUCGAUCUGUGCCAGCUGAAGGCCAUGGAGCGUGGACCUUCCGCCGUAAAUGCAGGGUGCUUCAAUCCCUUGCUCUUCUGCAUGCGGAAUCCCAUCCUUGCUCAUGAGAUCGGCAUCCGCAUCAAGGCGCUCAAUAGGAGGCUUGACUCCAUCAAGGAACGAGGCGCUUCAUUCAACUUCAUCAAUCUCAGGUACUAUGAGGAUCAUAGCAGCAAUGCCCACUCCUCUCUCCAUGGUAAUCCAAACCGGGAGACGGCUGGGGACUUUGACCGGGCAGCUAUGGUUGGGGAGAAGAUUGAAGAAGACGCACGAGCACUGGUUGUUCAGAUCAUGCAGACUAGAAAGGAGGUCAACAAUGACAUCAGGGUGGUCGCCAUCGUAGGUGUCGGCGGUAUUGGCAAGACAACCCUUGCCCAGAAGGUCUUCAAUGAUGAUGCAAUUCAAGGUGAGUUCAGUAAAAGGAUAUGGUUGAGCAUCAACCAAAACUUUACUGAGGUUGAGCUGCUGAGAAGAGCAAUUAUUGAAGCCGAAGGAGACUCCCAGUCGGCUGGAAAUGCAAAGGCCACUCUUCACCAAAAUCUCAAGGAUUCCAUUAUUGGUCACAAGACCUUACUGGUAAUGGAUGAUGUGUGGGACCAUGGAGCAUGGGAGGGUGUGCUCAGAAUACCCUUUAUCAAUGCUGCUGCUUCAGGCAGCCGAGUCCUCAUCACCACGAGAGAUGAAGGUGUCGCUCGAGGGAUGGCAGCAAGAUGGCCCUACCACCACAUUGACACAUUAUUGCUUGAAGAUGCCUGGUCAUUGCUCAAGAAGCAGGUACUCUCAAGUGAGAUAGAUGAAGAUCACAUCAAUACGCUGAAGGAUGUUGGAUUGAAAAUUAUACAAAAAUGUGGUGGCUUACCACUCGCCAUCAAAGUAAUGGGAGGGCUCUUGCGUGAAAGAGGGGGACUACGUCGUGAUUGGGAGCAUGUUCUGGAUGAUUCGAAAUGGUCAAUAACUAAAAUGCCCCAAGAGCUCAACUAUGCAGUAUACUUGAGCUAUGAAUAUAUGCCUUCUUACCUGAAGCAGUGCUUUUUAUUCUACUCUAUUCUUCCUAAAAGUAAAUUUUUUACUCUGAAUCAAGUCGUCGCAAUGUGGAUAAGUGAAGGAUUUAUUCAUGGAAACUCCAGUGAUUUGGAAGAAUUGGGAAGAAGUUACUACAAGGAGUUGGUAUCUAGGAACCUUAUAGAGCCAGAUAAAUCGUAUAUUGGUUUAAUGGUUUGCAGCAUGCAUGAUGUUGUUCGCUCAUUUGCUCAGUAUAUGACUAAAGAUGAAGCACUCGUAGCUCAUGACGGGGAGAAUGAUAUUCUUACUGGACUUAGUUCACAAAAGUUUCUUCGGCUGUCCAUAGAAGCCAACCAAUCACAAUCAGGUGAACUUGACUGGAAAUCUCUACGAGCGCAACAAUCAGUGAGAACAUUAAUCUUAACUAUCCAGAUCAAGAUGAAUCCUGGUGAUUCACUGGUUACCUUUUCUAGUUUGCGGAUUCUAUAUAUACACUCUGUAGGUGUGGCUGCAUUGGUUGAAUCGUUGCAUCAACUCAAGCACCUGAGGUAUCUGGCACUAUUAAACACUGACAUAUCUGUUCUUCCAGAGAACAUUGGCAAGAUGAAGCUAUUGCAAUAUUUUGACCUUAUUGGAUGUAAAAAUUUGGUGAAUCUUCCAAAUAGCAUUGUGAAGCUUAGCCAGCUGAGGUUACUUAUUCUUCCCACGUCAAGUAUUGUACCUAGAGGGUUCAGCGGUCUGACAAAUAUGAGGAGACUAAGCGGGUUUCGAGCCCACAUGGAUAGCGAUUCAUGCAACUUGGAUGAGUUGGGGCCUCUUUCCCAACUCAGAUUUCUUACUUUACAUGAAUUGGAGAAUGUGUCGGCUGCCCUGUUUGCUGCUAAUGCUAAGCUUGGUGAGAAAAAACAUCUUAUUGACAUAGCCUUGAACUGCACAAGCAAACUAGGAAAUGAUGGGUUGGUCGAAGAGAAAGAAGGUGUUUCUGAGGAAGAGCAGCGACGAAUUGUGAAUGUGUUCAAUGAGCUCUGCCCUCCGCCUAGUGUUGAAAAUCUGGAAAUUGAGGGCUAUUUUGGACAGAAACUCCCUAGUUGGAUUAUGUCGACUUCAACAGUGCUGCUCGGCAACUUGAGGACUCUACUGUUUGCUGACUUGGCCUGUUGCACACAACUUCCCAAUGGGUUGUGCCAGCUCCCCAAUCUGCAGUUGCUACAGGUCCGUCGUGCUCCAUGCAUCAAGCGUGUUGGAACUAGAUUCUUGCAGGCGGCGGCAACUCCAUUUCCAAGGUUAAACAAAUUGACCUUAGGAGGAAUGGUGCAAUGGGAGGAGUGGGAGUGGGAGGAGCAAGUACAAGCCAUGCCCCGUUUGGAGAAGCUUACACUCAUUACUUGCAAACUGAUGCGUGUACCUCCUGGCCUUGCCUCCAAUGCAAGGGCUUUGAAAGUAUUAUCUUUCAACAAUGUCCAACAACUUUGCUGCCUUGAGAACUUUCCUUUUGUUGUAGAGCUUACAGUGUCUGGAAGCUCCGACCUGGAGAGGAUCACCGAUCUCCCUAAUAUGCAGAAACUUAUCAUCUCCAGUUGCCCAAAGUUGAAGGUGUUGGAGCGCAUCCCUAAACUCGAGAGGCUAGUCCUUGAGGAUUAUAUCAUGGAACAACUCCCAGGUUACAUGCAAGAUAUCAAUCCACGACAUUUGUUGUUACAUUGCAGAAUAUGGUUGCUAUCUGCAUUAGCCGUGGGACAAUCUGGUCUCGAGUGGGACAAGUUCAGCCAUGUGGAGCAUGUCAAGGCAUAUGCACGUGACAGAGACAACCAAAGGAAAUGGUACUUGUUUUACACAAGAAGAGACAACUUCAAGUUGGAUUCAAAUACCAGCUGCUAUACCAUAUUUGAAGAAACACUAUCAUCUUGUAUGGUGGACGCACAAGGAUUUGAGACUGUGUACAAAAUGAGAAGAAGUACCUUUAAUCACGUCUGCAGGUUGGUGAGGGUGUCAUUUUUUGAAGAUAUGAUGACAAGGGGUCACACUUUCACCUUUGUUGAUGGGAGAGUGUUGUGUUUACAAGAUUGUGUAGCUGUCGCUUUGAGAAUGUUGAACUCUGGUGAGCCACAGGAGGUCAUAGGAUCCUCAGUUGGUGUGAACGAGUCAACUGUCUCGCUUGUUACUCAGAUGUUUGUUGACGCUAUGUGGAAGCAAGAAAUCCACAACGUACUCUGGCCGCGCUAUGCUGAGAUGGAAAAGAUCAAGCACAAGUUUGACAAGAUCCACGGCCUGCCCAACUGCUGCGGUGUUGUACAUACAGCUCACAUCACAUUUGGAUCGCUAAACCAUGAACCUGGUGAUGGGGAGUAUGACGACAUGCUAAUGCUAGUCGUUGAUCCAGAUAUGAGGUUCAUAGACACUGACCUUGGAUCACAGAACCAAUUGAGCGUUUUGCACGACUCGUGGCUGUUUAAGUCCUGCCAGGAGGGUACUACGCUGAAUGGCAGUAAGCUGAAGGUAUCAGAUUGUCUGGAUGUUGGGGAAUACAUCAUUGGUGAUGCAGGAUACCCUCUUCUCCCCUGGCUCCUCACACCUUACCCGCUGGAAGACAAGGACCUCUCUGCAGAUUUCCCUUUAUAUCAAGCCGAGUUCAACAGGAGACACUCUGCAGCAUCAACCCUGGCGCUGGUUGCGGUGGCGAGGUUGAAAGACACUUGGAAAAUCCUGGACAGAGCUGUCAGUUCAGGCCCGAAUCUUAGACCAACCUAUGUGUGUUGCAUGUUGCAUAAUAUAGUUAUAGAUAUGGAAAAAGCGGAGCAGGGGGUGGAGGAGGGUGUAGGCAUGGAGGAGAAGGUGCGGCAGUUAGCGGACGAGGACGCCGCAAGGACGAGGGACGUGCUGGCCAAGCACUUGAUUGAAUCUAGAGAGGAGGAAAAAGAAGCAGCAGUAGUAGUUGCAUCCAGUUCAGGAGAUCAAAACAAGGGAUAGGGUGCACGCCAACCACAAACAGCAGAUCGGGGAAAGGAGAAAGUGCAUGAUAGCUUUAGCUUAGGAGGUGAGAUCAGAUUGUCCUCUGCAUUGUACUCCCUCCGUCCGAAAAUACUUAUCAUCAAAAUGGACAAAAAGAGAUGUAUCUAGAACUAAAAGACAUCUAGAUACAUCCCCUUUUAUUCAUUUUGAUGACAAGUAUUUCCGGACGGAGGGAGUAUCAAUUAGGCACUAUUUUUCUCCUCUGCUAUAUUAAUCGUGCUUCAGGUCGUAGUUCUGUUCUUAGUUUAUUCUCUUAUAUGUUAAGUUACUUGCUCAGAAAGAGAGUAGUGACCUGAUAGUACACCUGUUGGUAAAGAAACUACGCUUAUCAAUACACCAGGCUAGCAAUAUGCUAAGCAAAACACAUUGCAUAUUAACUGACCGGCUGUAUAACUUUUGAGUGUUCAGUAUGCAUACUAGUAUCUCGUCCAGUUUAAAUGUUGACGUGAGCAGGCGGAAGGGAGACUAGCUUGUAGAUGGAUCUUCAUCCUGCUGCUUGGCUACAUCAAAUCAAAUCGCCAACGGCUGAAGGGACGCGGCUGCAGCACUAAACUUAAAGUUGGAUCGGCGAAUUUGUUUCUUUGGUUUUUCUUUUCCUCCAUAUCUUUGGAUUAAGACAAGUGAGGUGAGGUGUGUUUUCGGGAGAGAACAGUUAAUAUUUGUGUAUCCAAGUUGGCUGUUGUGACCUGAAGAAAGAAUUUGUAAACAGAAGGGCAGGGAGACUUGCAUGUUGUUUAUAUCAUUGCCAACAAACUUUCAUGCGGUUGAGAGAACAGUUAAUGGUGUAUCUGCACGGAGACUGCACACUAUUACCCCGAAGAAUUACGCAAGGUCGUAGCAGGUUAAUUAGUCCUGUCUGCAUGUUUAUUCACAACGGAUGUUCGGGCAUGAUUCAUUCAGUUGUCGCAGGUGUUAGCUUUAUGAGUCUUGUGGCUGCUUGUU